UUGGGCUAAUAAAUUGUUAGCAGUUUAAAUGUAAUUUGAGAAGGUUCAUCCAGUUUUACACUGCACAUAAUGAAGUUUGGUCGCUAUCAGAAGAAUUAAAAUCAUACAUCAGUGGAUGCAAUAAGCUAGAUGCGCAAGAGUUUAGCAUAUCAGUCUAGUAAUGAGGUUCCUCCCUCAUCAGGCCAAUAUUAAGCUAGACUUCCGAUUUUCUUAAUAAUCAUUCAGGCUGAGGCUAUCAUCAGGUGUAUUUAGUAAUAUUUUAAGACAUAUUGAAAUAGUAAUUUGAGGAAGUGUAGUUGUGAUAUUAAACAUUAAAUAUGUCUGAUUAGAUUUCUAGAAGGAUUUAAUGCCCCUACUUCUGUAUUCUCCUCAGAGGUAAAUUGAUAGUAUCCUCCAAAGCCUGGGGCUGACAGUUUUUUUUGUAAAUAGCCUUCAUCGAUUGUAGCGAGAAAAUUUUAUGAUAAAAUAAGGAACUUAGGACUAUUGAUUUGAUCAAAUCAGCAUUAUUGGCUAAUUUGGUCAAAAUCAAUAGGCUAAUAUUGCCUUGAGCUUCAUUAUCCCUGCAUCUAAAAUUUUGAAGUUUGUUCAUGCUGCGAAGCAUGGAAGACCGGAGAACUUGUCUGAUCGUUUCAAAUAUAGGAAAGUCCAAGCACCUCGGGAGUAAGUACAGGCACCGGAAAGAUUCUUUGCUAAGGAAGUCUAAACAAAAGUUUUCGUCAUGAGCUAAAAUUUCAAAAGGAGGCACCUCUAUAAUCCCGGGUUUGGCAUCUGAGAAAGCUGGGCUUGAUCAUUCUGAGUUAAGCAAGAGCAAGCAGAAACCUUCACUGAGAGAAGACGCUUAUAAUACAAUUGAGACUAGGGAAAGCACUGGGAAGUUACUCAGAAGAGAUAGGAACAGAACUGAGAAUCGGAAGAAGAGGAAAAGCAGAGUCAAGUCUAAGUCUAAAAGUCGCAAAAGGCUUCAUAAUGAUUAUACCCAGAUAAGUUCGGAGCUUCAUGAUUACCGAUCGACUAGUAUGACUAGUGGGAAGAAGUAUAAGAGAGGAGAGAAGCAUCAAGGCAGCUCAAAGUAUUCUAAUAUGGAGUCUACCACUUCUAUUCGAGUCAAGCAUCGUUAUAUUGGCAAGGAUCAUCUUAUGAACUCUCACAGGAGCCAUUCUGAAGAUAGUGGCGGAAAGAAUAAGUAUGAAAAGGCAAGGAUCAAGCCGAAUGCUUCUGAUAUUAGCAAAGGCUCUAAACUUUCGCGGCAUAAUAAUGACAAAAGGAGAAAGAGCAAUUCUCGAGAAAGGUCUAAGAGAAAGAAGAGUGAGUCUGAGAACCAGCUUAUUUAUACUUUCAGAGAGAAUAACGAGGAAGUUGAUCAUGAAGCUCUCAAUACCAUUCAACAUACUUCUAAAGGAAGUAAUCUCCAGAAGAUCAAGGAGCCUCCGGUGAUUGAUAAGUUUAGCACCAUAACAAGGAACGAUAAGAUAUUUGAGAAGACUCUGAUGACUAUUAAUAACUCUAAGAAAAGUUUUUAUAACACAGGGAAAUGUAUAGAGAACAUAUCUCCUUCUGAUUUGAAUAUCUUGAAAGGGUAUAAGGACAAGCCACAUCUAAAUACUCUUGAGCAUUCUGGCUCUAAGACUCGGACCAACUACCACAGGCAAUCGAGUAAGGAGAAUUCAGCCAGAGCAGGCACUGAGAGAAGGGAUUGUGGGAGAAAUAAGUCCAAACGGCCUCAUAUCAAUCCUGAAGAUAUUGGCCUUGAAGAGAACACAAAAGGUUAUCUAGCAUAUAUGGAACUGUUCAAGAAAUAUAAUAAACUCAAAAGGUUGUUUAAGAAGAAAGCUAGGAAUGAGAGAAUGUUGCAGGAGAAGGUGUCUUAUCUAACAGAUAAGAACCAAGCAUACUCUCGGAAGGCUAAGAAGCUUCAAGAUAUGUUAAGGAAAUGAGAGUGAGCUAGAGAGGCGGAAUUCUCUUAGUCACAUGCAAAUAAUUUAAUUCUAUGUUACCAAUUUUCUUGCAUCA